AUGCCCAAAGACUCAAGCUCACAAGGCCUCCCUCACACACCCACACUAACACAUAUACGCACUCGACCGCGCACUAUAAUACAUCGUCCCCUCACUCGUCCCACUCACCCCGCUUGCCGCAGUCCAAUACGUAGCCGUACUCCCCGACCGGUCGUGCUCGCACCCCUCGCGCUCGUCCGCCCCGCGCACGGAGCGCACGCGAUGGUGCUGGUGCACACGGUGGCGCUCGCCCCUCCCGCCCUCGCCCGCACCUUCGCUCUGCAGCCGCAGCCGCACGCUGAGCGCCUCCAACAGCGCCCUCAGCUCCGCGCGUUCCUUCUCGUGCGCGUGCGGGUGGGCGGGGGCACGACAGCGGUUUCGCAUCCAAGCCCGCGUUCCGACCCGGGGACCCAGACUCUGACUCAAAAGGCGGCGACGGCAGCGGCAGCGACGACGACGGCUGCAGAGAACGAGCGGGCGGAGAGGGCAGAGGGGCAGAGGGGGGGGCCGUACGCACCGCCCGCACCGGGGCCUCCUGGGACGGAAAAAGACCGAGCUGCGAGGACCCCCCUCGCCCCCGGCCUUGCUCGGAGAAGACGUCCGUGUGGAGGUGAGAGUGAGCGUGGAGGUCCAGCGCGCUCUUGCUCCCUCCCAAGCCCUUCCCUUUCCCCUUCGUCGUCACCUCUCCCUUCUCUCCCUUACUCCCCGCACCGUGAUCAUUAA